GUGUUUUUUGAAAGACAACAUUUGUUUUGUGUUGAAUGAGAUGAAAUUGCGGAGGCAGUGGUGGUGUCCUCCCCUCCUUGCCCCAGGGCUGAGUAGAUCCGCCCCAGGGACAGGAUGGGACGGACUGGGCCUGCCUCUCAUUCAUCAGCCUUUCCCUUUGUAUGGCUCCACAACAUCAGUACAAAACAGUUUAAAUAGCUAAAACAGCUUAUCUAUCUGAAACAUUCAAAACAUUACAGUAAUGACUUUUUUUACCAAAAAAGAAAACGUUGUCUAAACCGUCCACAAGGCGCCCCGCUCAAAUGUGCUGUUGCUUGUGAGUUUUGUUUGUUAAAUUGUGCAAAUCUUCACACAAAAUUAUUGCAUUCAAAUGUUAUUGAAUACCACACUGACAUAGAUCUUUGGUGACUCCGGGCCCUUACAUUUUGCCCUCUUUGCCUGGUUCACCAUGGAGCUGUUUGAGCUCCAAUAAAUGAUACAAAUCUGCAUCAAAUGAUAAAAAAUAACAACCAAAUAAUGACACAUCAGCAAUUCAGCAUACAUGUUCAGCCAUACCUGUUUGGAGGUAAGUGGUGUGUGUUUUGUUUACAUAGCUCCAGUGAAUUUAUUGUCUGUAACUUCAUAUAUUCUCCCACUUGUUGCAAUUUGGAGCGCGCCACUCGCGAGACUUCACUUUUUAAAUUUACGACAACGACUUAAGGGGCCAAAUAUUUAGCAACAAUGUGAGCUGGUUUCUGAUUGGUACUCCGGCUCUUAGCGGCACUUCAAAGCUAAGAAGACGCUACAACUACCAAAGCAGCGGAGAGGAAACACACACUCAUCACAGUCAGUCAGUGCGAGCACACACACUCAGACGAAGAUAUCACAGACCAUGGCUGCUACACUGCUCGGGGAGGAGCCCCGGCUCGGCAGCGCGCCGCUGGCAAUGUUGGCCGCCACCUGCAGCAGGAUCGGUGAGCCCAGCCCCUCGUGCUCCCCUGCUCUCUCCGAUGGAGCCCCAGGAUUCGUGAAGGGCUUUCAUCCGUGGAAGAGAGGGGCACCUGGACACAGCAGCCUCGGUGCAUGCUUCACUUCCCUCGGGGUUCCCCCAACAUCCAGGAGUAACGGGACCGGACUGACGGAGAACUCCAGCGCAUUCUCAGUGACCAACUCUGCUUUUGGGAAUGAUUAUUCAAUGUACCAAACCUGUGUGCCAUCAGACAACAAUGUUACUGAUCCUUCGCACGUACAGAGAUCCAUGUAUCUGACCAAAUUCCCCUCCUCGGUGGAGAGCAUAACAGGGAUGUAUCCCAGGAUGCACACACAUCCCUACGAGUCAUGGUUCAAACCAGUGGCAGAAGUCAGUAAUGGGUCUGCUGCUUGGUGGGACAUGGGAACCAGCUGGGUGGACACACAGAGUACAGCCGGGUUACCCUCUCCUCUGAGCGGCUACAGCACUGAAUACAGCUCCGCCUUCGGUCCCGGGGCCUCUCAGCACCUGCACCCCGCCACACAGCACCUGUUUGACGGAUUCAGGCCACCCGUCCCGACCCCCUACACAGAGUCAACGACGACAGGAACUCCCGUCGUUUCUCUACCCGCAUCUUCCCGCUCCUCCUCAAGGCGUUACUCUGGCAGAGCCACGUGCGACUGCCCGAACUGCCAAGAGGCAGAGAGCCUGGGCCAGGGCGGCACAAGCCCGCGGCGAAGGGGCCUCCACAGCUGCCAUAUCCCGGGUUGUGGCAAAGUUUACGGCAAGACGUCUCACCUGAAGGCUCACCUGCGCUGGCACACCGGGGAGAGGCCGUUUGUCUGCAAUUGGCUGUUCUGCGGGAAACGCUUUACGCGCUCGGAUGAGCUCCAGCGGCAUUUGCGUACACAUACCGGGGAAAAGCGCUUCGAGUGCUCCACGUGCCACAAACGGUUCAUGCGCUCAGACCACCUCGCCAAGCACGUGAGGACGCACAGCGCAGAUGGCUCAGAGGAUGGCGCGGAACCGGGACUCGGUAAAGGCAGCAGCGACACGGACAAUAGCCUCUCCGGGAGCCCAAACCAGUCUCCCGGGCUUCACGUCCCAGCCACCGAGGGACAGUCACAGUGUGCUGUGGAAUAAUUUACAAAACUUAGCAGGAACAAAAGCAACGCGUGGGCAUUUUGAUCAUUGGCGGUUCUAGAGGGGUAACACUGUUGCUUGGACCCCCCUGUGGCCCCCCUCCAAAAGACUAAAUCUAUGAUAAUGCAAUUUAUGAAAGUGUUACAGCCAACACUGUGCUGUAACCUGGUGCAGGAAUGUUUUUUUUCAGUAAUGUAAUUAAAUAUAUUGAAACUAAGUUACUGAAACUAAUUAUGUUACUAAAACAAAUACCAACAAAUAUUAAGAUAUCAAAUGAAAACAACGUUUGGCUGCAUGAAUAACGUAUUAAUUGCCGCAAAAUGCAUUACGGGUAAUGGUAAAGUAAAUAACUAAACAAAAAUUGCAAGUCAUUGACACAAAUCCUGUUAUUGAAACAAAAACCAAUAAUGGUAUUUUAUAUUUCCUUGUGCUCUAUGAUUUUAUACUGAACUAAAAAACUCCUUCAGUAACUGGCCCCAGCACCGCCCCCCAGUACUUGGUCUAGAACCGCCAUUGGAUUUGAUUACACUGUACCAGCCUGUAUGGAGUGUGUUUUCUCGAACACUUAAAAACAGAAAUGGCACUUUACGAUGAACUUCAGCUGUGGAUAAACACUGUGUCCUUACCUCAUCUUAUAUGUAUCCUUCUUUAAUAACACAUUUGUACUCUACAGUUUUGUUCUGACUUGUGUUAUUUGAUUACAUGUCAUAUGCAGCUAAUUUAUUCUACAAAAAACUUUUUUUGUUUAGAAUUGAACUGUUACAUCAUUAUAUGGGUUAUGUUUUUGACAUGAUCGCGCUACAUUUUAAUUUAUAGAGAUGUUUGUUUAUAACACUAAAUUGUUCUGAUUUAUCUCUGCCUGUAGGUGAUUAUACUUACUCAAUAAAACAGGACAUUUUGGGACAUGUCAUAUUUAGUUUCUCUUUGAA